GGUAAGUCAAAGUCUUUCUAGUGUCGCCAUCCGCGGCCGACCAAUUUCCACUCAACCCGCGCAUCCGACGCCGUUUGAGGUCCCGCCGUGCUCUGACAGUCGCGCCUUGGGUGCAAGCAUCGAACGUUUCCACUUUUUGCGGCCUAGCAUUUAUUCUCACCUCACUUGCAUCAUAGGCUGAUCCACGCCUUUAUAACCCCUCCCGGCUCCUCAAUUGAACUCUCUCAGUACACUUAGAGCUAAUCAGUCCUACUCUAUAGCAACAACAUCACGAUGACCAUCACCAAGAUCCACGCCCGUUCCGUCUACGACUCUCGUGGCAACCCGACCGUUGAGGUCGACAUUGUCACCGAGACCGGCCUGCACCGCGCUAUCGUUCCUUCCGGUGCCUCCACUGGCUCCCACGAAGCCUGCGAACUCCGCGAUGAGGACAAGACCAAGUGGGGUGGUAAGGGUGUCACCAAGGCUGUUGGCAACGUCAACGACAUCAUCGCCCCAGCUGUCAUCAAGGAGAAGCUCGAUGUCAAGGACCAGUCUGCUGUGGAUGCUUUCCUGAACAAGCUCGAUGGUACCAAGAACAAGACAAAACUGGGUGCCAACGCCAUCCUCGGUGUCUCCAUGGCCAUCGCAAAGGCCGCUGCCGCCGAGAAGGGCGUGCCUCUUUACGCCCACAUCUCUGACUUGGCUGGCACCAAGAAGCCCUACGUUCUCCCCGUACCCUUCCAGAACGUUCUUAACGGUGGCUCGCACGCCGGUGGCCGUCUUGCAUUCCAGGAGUUCAUGAUCGUUCCCAGUGAGGCCCCUACUUUCUCCGAGGCUAUGCGUCAGGGUUCCGAAGUCUACCAGAAGCUCAAGAGCCUUGCCAAGAAGACCUACGGACAGUCCGCCGGUAACGUUGGUGACGAGGGUGGUGUCGCCCCAGAUAUCCAGACCCCAGAGGAGGCUCUUGACCUCAUCACCAAGGCUAUCGAGGAGGCUGGCUACACUGGCAAGAUCAAGAUCGCUAUGGACGUUGCAUCCAGCGAGUUCUACAAGGUCGACGAGAAGAAGUACGAUCUCGACUUCAAGAACCCCGACAGCGACAAGAGCAAGUGGCUCACCUAUGAGCAGCUCGCGGAGCUGUACAAGUCCCUGGCCCAGAAGUACCCCAUCGUCAGCAUCGAAGAUCCGUUCGCCGAGGAUGACUGGGAGGCUUGGUCCUACUUCUUCAAGACCUCUGACUUCCAGAUUGUUGGUGACGAUUUGACUGUCACUAACCCUGAGUUCAUCAAGAAGGCCAUCGAGCUGAAGUCUUGCAACGCUCUGCUGCUCAAGGUCAACCAGAUCGGUACCAUCACUGAGGCCAUUCAGGCUGCCAAGGACGCCUUCGGUGCCGGCUGGGGCGUCAUGGUUUCUCAUCGCUCCGGUGAGACCGAGGAUGUGACCAUUGCCGACAUUGUUGUCGGUCUACGAGCUGGACAGAUCAAGACUGGUGCCCCAGCUCGAUCUGAGCGCCUCGCCAAGCUCAACCAGAUCCUCCGUAUCGAGGAAGAGCUCGGCGACAACGCCAUCUACGCCGGCAAGAACUUCAGGACUGCCGUCAACUUGUAAGCUAAUAUCAACAAAAGCCUAGUGUGGAAGGCACGGCUUUAAGGGAGCGAGUAAAAGGAACCGC